AUGGAGAGAAAGAGGAAACUUCCGGCUCGCGCGGCCGCAAGGGCUGAGCAGGCCGCAAAGAGGAGGACUAUGACUCCGCCGCAGAGAUCCGUAACCCCAGCGCCAGCACCGACACCGGUCCCCGAGCCCGAACCGACUCCUAUCGAAGAACCGCCAGCACCUCUUCCCAAGACUAUCAGCGCCGGCAAGCCGCUGCCGACGGUGGAUUCUCCCCAGCCCGACGACCUCUCCUUACACGACUUUCAAACGGUUACUGAGAGUGGUGUUCUUUCCGAGUCCUUGUCCCGAUCACGUUCAAAGUGGACGAUGGAGGGAACAUUCGAGAAGUACUGGACCAAGCCGAUCAAGAAGAGAGGACAGAUCAUUGAAGAGCCGAACAACCCUCCCAAGGAAAGCAUGGUUAAAAUCGGCCAAGUGACUAUUACCGUGGAGCCACACGUCUUCGAAGCGACAAUGUAUGCCGUCAAAGAUCCGAAGCCGCAUCCUCCCCCGACCCCAGAGCGACCCGUUAUGCAAUAUGGCCCCCCGAACGGAUCAAUGCCUCCCCCGCCUACACCGCAACCAAAAGCGAUGGCACCGACCACCGUGCCCGCAUCACCUUCGGGACGCUCGUCAACCCCGUCGCUACCCCAAGCCCCCGGCCGAUCCCCCAUUUUGGUCGAUACGAAACCGCCAUUUGGGAAUAUCCCAGCACCCGCACAAGCACCGGCACCAUCAGUAGCGCAGCCAAGCGCUGGUCAAUCUACCCCAGACCCAAUACACACGCCGCAUACGGGAAGGCCAAUGGUCUCCCCUCGAGGUAUGGAAGCGGUUCUCUCACCGGCGACAACAACCCCGACGGUCGCCCACAACUCCCCGGGCCCCCACGCACCGCCCCCCAAGGUAACACCCCCGCCAAACCAUCAACCCCCGCCCAACACAACAACCGCAGGUUUUGUGGCGCCCUACCCAAGGCCCGGAACCUCAGGCACCAAUAGCGCGCCCCAAAAUGGGACACCCACAACGCCCGCAGGGGCAGCAGCCAAGCCAGGCGGAGCAUUGCCCGAUCCCAUCAUUCUUAUGCUGGCUGAAAGGGCUGGGACAGACCCCCAACUACGCGAUCUUAUGAAACGUGUUGCUGUGGGCGACGCCGCGAAGCAUGAGCUCGAGCGUUUCCAGGCAGUUAUUGACGCUCUAACCGCUGAGAGCAAGCGGAAUGGAAACACCUCUGGGCCAUCUGCAGAUCGGCUGCUGGUGGAUGGCAAGACUGUCCGGUACUUUGCGGAUGAAGUUCGGGCGAUCCUGGACAUUGUGCUCUCGUCGAACCCAAAUCAAACCUCGGCAGACCUCCGUCCGCCUGUGGGAAGUGACACCUUAGUUGUGACGCUGGUCAAAGCAGCCCUGGACGACCACAAGCUCCGGGACAUGGUGCGACGGAUCGCCGAGAACAGGACACAGUUUUCGGACGCCACAGAUCUCAAAGCUAUCCUGGAUCGGCUCCGGACACAAAUUCUCAAGGACAAGGAGCGCCAACAAACCCAAUCGCCGGUCCCGCCUUCACCGUCAAUGUCCCGGCCCCAGGGGGUCCCGAAUGGACAUGCUGCGCCGUCUCCCACCACCCACCAAUCUCCGGUGCCUCAAACCGCGCUCCGGUCUAAGGGGCCACCCCCACCUCCCCCGAAACCUGAUAUCUCUGCUGUUGUCUUCGAGUUCACAGGUGGGAAUGGGGACCGCUAUCUAUUCCCCAAAUUCAGCCUGCUUGAGUAUGUGCCUGUAUCUUCAGGCCAGCAGGUCAUUGCGUCCUUCUUGAUCGUGCGCAAGGGGAGUAAAGCAGAAUACCCUAUGGCAGAUCCCGACCUCGAUUACUACCAACCCCUUACUGUCCGCCUCUUCACCCCUGUCGGGCGGCACCUAGAGAACCUCGCCCGGGUCGUGGCGCCACCCGACGAGGUACGCCGUUACAUGGAUGAUAUCAUGCACAACAUGACCAGAGCCGAGUACAUUCUAUUAGCCAUGAGGCUGCCUAGGAGAGAUGGUACAGAAGAUGAAGCAAAUGACAAUGGUCGUGACAGCAAACCGGUCAACGGCGGGCUUACCAAGGAGAAGGAGAACGGGUCAGAGACGCUUCGGAAAACGGGUUUACCGCCUCCUAGUGUGUUGUGGACGACCAAGGCGGCCAAACCAGACGUCCUCACCAAAGCCAAGGGGUUGAUGAAAUCUGUGGAUGCGGAGGAGCAACAAUACCAGAACUUCAUUUCCUCAGUGAGCCGCAAGGAGGUUUGA